ACCCUGAAAACUUCAACGGAAAACGAAAUGCUUAUUCCUGUCUGUGAUAUAACAAUAGUAAUGGAAUGGCAAGAAAUGCGGUUCUCUGCACCAAUAAACUCUUACUCAGCAUCCCUUCAUCUUCACCAUUUGCAAAGCUGUUGGAUUCCUGCAACAAAUCCAAGCUCUCCCCCGACGUCCGUGCCGUUCACGCCUGCAUUGUCAAAUCCCCGUUCAGUUACGAAGUCUUUAUCAACAACAGGCUCAUCGAUGUUUACGGAAAAUGCGGCUACUUUAACUCCGCCCGCAUCUUGUUCGACAAAAUGCCCACAAGAAACGCCUUUACUUAUAACUCGAUUAUUGGUGCAUUAACGAUAUCGGGUUCGGUCGAUGAAGCCGAGAGGGUGUUCGCUUCAAUGCCGGAACCUGAUCAGUGCUCGUGGAAUUUAAUGGUCUCUGGGUUUUCCCAGCUAGAGAUAUUUGACAGGUCGUUGGAGUAUUUAGUGAAAAUGCAUGGAGAUGAUUUUAUGUUGAAUGAGUUUAGUUAUGGGAGUGCGCUUAGUGCUUGUGCUGGAUUGAGAGACUCGGUAAUGGGUACCCAAAUCCAUGCUUCGUUGGCCAAGUCGAGAUUCAUUGCCGAUGUUUAUAUGGGGUCUGCACUUGUUGAUAUGUAUGCAAAGUGUGGUGAUGUGGAUAGUUCUCAAAAGGUGUUCGACGGAAUGACUGAACGAAACACUGUAUCUUGGAAUAGUAUGAUUACUUGUUACGAACAAAACGGGCCAGCAAGCGAAGCGCUUCAGAUUUUUGUUAGAAUGAUGGAAUGUGGAGUUGAGCCAGACGAGAUGACCGUAGCUAGUGUGAUCAGUGCUUGUGCAAGCUUGUGCGCAGUUAUACAAGGUCGUGAAAUUCAUGCGCGAGUAGUGAAAUUCAACAAGUUACGCAGUGAUCUCGUUAUUUCGAAUGCACUAGUUGAUAUGUAUGCCAAGUGCAAUAUGAUAAACGAAGCCAGGUGGCUUUUCGAUAGGAUGCCGAUAAAAAACGUGGUAUCCGAGACAUCUAUCGUAAGUGGUUACGCCAAAGCUGCAAGUGUGAAGACCGCAAGAACUAUGUUCUCGAAAAUGAUUGAUAGAAAUAUUGUAUCUUGGAAUGCGCUUAUUGCUGGAUAUACACAAAAUGGGGAAAACGAAGAGGCACUAGCCCUCUUUCUCCUCUUGAAAAGGGAACCCGUUUGGCCCACUCACUACACAUUUGGCAACCUUCUCAAUGCAUGUGCGAAUCUUGCGGAUUUGAAGCUCGGUAGACAAGCACAUACACAUGUCUUAAAGCAGGGAUUCCGAUUCCAGCAUGGAUUUGAGCCCGAUAUUUUCGUGGGCAACUCUCUUAUAGACAUGUACAUGAAAUGUGCGUCGGUCGAAGACGGGAACAGGGUGUUCAGAAAAAUGGUCGAAAGAGAUGGUGUUUCGUACAAUGCCAUGAUAGUGGGGUACGCGCAGAACGGACAAGGCAAUGAAGCCCUUGCAUUGUUUAAGGAAAUGUUGGCUGUGUCUGAAAUGAAACCGGACCACGUGACUAUGAUUGGUGUUCUUUGUGCAUGCAGCCACGUAGGAUUGGUUGAAGAAGGGUGUCAAUAUUUCGAUUCGAUGAGCAGAGAGUUUGGUCUGGAACCACUAAAAGACCACUACACGUGUAUGGUUGAUUUACUAGGUCGAGCUGGCCGGCUUAUUGAAGCGAAAAAUACGAUUCUUUCAAUGCCGAUGAAUCCCGAUAGUGUUGUGUGGGGGUCUUUGCUUUCUGCUUGUAAACUCCAUCGAGAUAUUGAAAUGGGCAGUUUUGUAGCGGACAAAUUAUUGGAGAUUGAUCCUGAAAAUUCGGGGCCUUAUGUACUUUUAUCGAACAUGUAUGCUGAGCUUGGGAGAUGGAGAGAUGUGACGAGGGUUCGGAAACUUAUGAGGAAGAACGGUGUUGUGAAACAGCCUGGUUGUAGUUGGAUUGAAAUAAGUAGCCGAACGCAUGUUUUUAUGGUGAAAGACACGAGGCAUUCGAAGAAGAAGGAAAUAUAUUCAUUACUGAAAGGACUUAGUAAGGUGAUGAAGCUUUCUGGAUAUGUGCCGAAUAUUGCUGAUUUUGAUGCGGAUGAGGAACAGAACAAGGGUGGUGAGUUCACUUUGGUAGAAGAGUUGGAAGUGCCUUUAGCUGUUUCAAGUUGAUUAUAGAUCAAGCUUGGUGGUGGGAUUAGACAUGCCCACGGGCCCAUUCGACCCGUGAACUGAUGGGAACCGGCCCGUUUCAAAACGUUUGUGAUGCUGAAUUGGACUUCCGCUAGAUUCUACAAUCGGAUAUUUUGGAAAAAAAUAAGUAGAACUUUUUUUUUCAUAUCGAACUUGAAGUGCAUGCUAUUUUUACUUAAUAUGCAUAAGGCGAUGGCAUAGUAAUCCCGUCAUUCUUAUUAAAUGGGGCUCUAUU